AUAAACUCUGAGUGCUGGGCAGAGAGAAGGUCUGAGAGACAAAAAAAAGGCGGAGAAAGACCAAAUCUAGAGAAAAUAAAUUAUAUCUAGGUUAGCAGAGGCUCAGCUUUGCAGGUACCAUGAGAGGCCUCCUUCCCUCUGCCAUCCUGGCAGUCCUUGUGCUGGUGCACAGCUCCUGGGCAGUCUAUGUGCAGGAUGGAGACUUGAAAUUCCCCCUGGAAUCUGUGAAGAAGCUGAAGGAGCUCAUGGAUGGAAACAGGCCUGUCAGCCCUCGCCUGGUGGUGCCCAUGGCCAGUCACACUCCGUGCCAGGAGAUAUCUCUCCCUGAGGAAUUCCAGUCUGUGUGCAAGAGGGAAGAUGCCCACAAGAUUUUCCAGAGGCUGAGCCUGGCUGCUGAGGACGACCUGUGUGAGAUCUGUGCCAACGCCGCCUGCGCCGGGUGCUUCUGAGCGAGGAACCAUCCCAAAGAAGAGGUGUCCAGCUGGCAAGUUUGUGCAUUCCUUUGGC